AUGGCUGCUUUUGAUUUACCAGAGGUACCAUAUUCAGAACCUGUCCUUCCUCCUCCAGAACCGCCUUCGUCCCCUCCGUCCAUUUCUUCCGAUGCUGGUCGCCGGAGAACCAGAAAGCCACCGACUGUAACGCCUAGGUCAUUUCGUCGAUUUUUCACACCGCGAUCUCUACUACCUACCGGUGAUAACUUGACCACUCCCACAACCAGUCGACAGGCCCUAAGAGCUCUCACAUCACCCGCUGUCAAUCGCCUGGGGCCAGCGUUUUCGAGAACCUCCAAGGCUGGCACCAGAAGUCCUCACGAUGGCCUGCCAGAAGAUUUCAUCCGCACCCCGAGCAGAAAACGGAAGAACUCGUUCUCUUCAGUCGCCUCUCCUCCACAAUCCUCUCCUCUGAAGAGAGUUCGGCUUCGGUCACCUGCGGGCGAGGUAGGACAGGAUAUCAGAAUACCAGACAUCAACAUUCCUCUUAAAACAGCACCACCACCAAGCCCACCGAAACAGGCACCUCCCGUGGCCCCUGUGCGUCGUUCUCAAGCUUUGAGAACAUCAGGCUCUUUGUUUAUGCAAACCGUGACAGGAUCGCGGCAAAACAAAGUGACUCUACGGGCAAACUCUGGAGCUGGCUGGCAGGAUCUCACUACCGACUUCUACUCACAACCAGAGGACCGUCACACAUGUGCUAGCUAUGCAUCUGAGGGAUCACUGGCACUACCCUUCUGCAACGCCUCAUGCAAUACAAACUCGAUUGUUGCUGUGGGCGAUGAAGAGGGUGGGAUUCGACUGUUGGAUUCAUCGAUCGACGAGGAAGCCGGGUUCACUGAUGCAUAUCUCGGGUUCCGUCCGCACAUGAACUCGAUCAUGGACCUCGAAUUUUCGUCUGACGACAUGUUACUGGCCACAGCAUCUGGCGAUCAAACGUCUUUGGUUAUUGAUAUGACAACACAACAACCUAUUUACUGCUUGUCUAACCACUCUUCGUCCGUCAAGCGUGUCCAAUUCCAACCGGCGUCCAACAAUAAAGUGCUUGCUACAUGCAGUCGAGAUGGAAAUGUGAAUAUCUGGGAUCUUCGCUGCAAAGGAUUCGAACGGCCUGCUUUGCAAGUUCGAUGCUCUUUAGAAACCGAAGCCGAUGCCCCUCCAGCUUCUGCGCCCCCGAAGAUGCUAUACCCUCACGUUUUGAAUACGAUUGGGGGUGCCCAUGCUUAUACAACCUCUCAGAAACCGGCCAUUGACAAAAGCGACGUACAACCAGUUGGCCGGACUGAUAUUACCGUCACCUCCCUUGCCUUUCUCUCACCCGGCCGCGAGAAUCUCUUCGUCACAGCCUCUGAGGCUAGUGCAAGUGUCAGACUUUGGGACUUGCGGACAGCACAUAACAAUCGCCGUGGUCGACCCGUCAUCCCUUUAUCCACAACGCAGGAGCCAGAAAGCCAUGUUAAAUACCGACGAUUUGGUCUGACUUCUAUGGCGUUUGGAGGAGACGGCGCGCGACUGUAUACACUGUGCCGUGAUAACACGGUCUACACGUAUUCGACAUCACAUUUGAUCCUUGGACAUGCGCCUGAGCUGUCACUCAACAACAACCGUCCACGGAGGACUGGAGGCUCCGACAAGGAUGGCCUUGGGCCUCUCUAUGGCUUCCGCCACCCUCGUCUCCAAGUUUCUUCAUUCUAUGUGAAGUUAGCUGUCCGUAAAGCAACGCAAAACCAUCCGGAAAUGCUUGCUACCGGCAGCACCGACCACAGUCCAAUUUUGUUCCCUACGGAUGAGCGGUUCCUCAAUUCUCCAGUGAAAGAACAUGUAGAACCCACGUCAAGCAGGACUUCGCUUUUCACAAAUCGUUCGGGGCUUCGUCGCACCAACUCUGGAAUCGGCUUAUCCGGACGCCUGGAGGAUACUAUUCCGAUUCACCAGUCAGGCACUGCUCUUGUCGAGGGUCACCAGAAAGAAGUGACAGGAAUUUCCUGGACGCCAUCAGGAGAACUCAUCACUGUCAGCGAUGACUACACCGCUCGAUGCUGGCGUGAAGGGCCCGAAGCCCGAGGACUUCGGACUGGUGGUGAGACCGAAGGAAAGCGCUGGCAGUGCGGCUGGGCUGAUAUGAAAGAUUCAUUUAACGACGAAGACGAAUGA